AUGGUGGUCAGUCUCCAGAAGGAACCGUCGACGAAGCGCAGGCGAUGCCUAAUCGGAGAGGAGCGCAAGUUGCCGGACACUGACGAUGACCAUGCCAAGGAAUCCGAUAGUCCCAAGGUGGCUGUAGCCGCUCACGCUGCUCCACAAGCUGCUGCUGCCGCCGCCGCUGCCUCGAAACCUGUCACUACAAUUUUCGUUGGUGGACUACAUCCUCGGAUUGUGGAGGCACACCUCGAGAAGAUGUGUUCCCCAUACGGGACGAUUCAACGCUUACAUCUAUGCGACAGAAAGGGUUACGCCUUUUGUCAGUAUUCCUCUCCACACGAGGCGGAAGCGGCGAUGCAAGCUCUGGAUGGCAGAGGUCUUUUGGGAAGACGGUUGAUGGUGCGACCGGCCCACAAUGAUACCCAUCAGAGCAACGCUAACACUGGUCUGGGUGGCGCGGCAAGCAACCCCAACAACAGCAGUAGCUCCAAUCCCGAUAAGGAGAGGGAACGAAUCGAAGCAAGGAUUCAAGCGGUGAAACGAAAACUGGAUGCCCGACAAUCUUCCUGA